UCACAAGAAUAUAAAUACCGUAAAUUAAUCGUAUUUUAUGUGUUUUAAUACAUUUGUAAAAAUGUUUAAAAUAGUAGAAUUUCUAUUAUUGAUUGUAGCAGCUUCAGCUGUUGACUUUGAAUUUAUGAACAGAGAAGGUGGACCUGUUUGGGUUGGAAUACAAGGAAAUGCCGGUAAAUCGCAUUUAGCUAAUGGUGGUUUCCAAUUAGCUCAAGGAGAAUCGAAAACUGUGAGUGCUCCUGAAGAUUGGGCUGGUAGGUUUUGGCCGAGAACUUACUGCGACUACAAUAGUAAUCACUGUCUGACAGGCGACUGUGGAAACAAGAUAGAAUGUGCAGGAGCUGGAGGAACUCCGCCAGUUUCACUUGCCGAAAUUACAAUCAAAGGUUACGGUGGAUUGGAUUACUAUGAUAUUUCUCUGGUAGAUGGUUUCAACAUACCCAUCAGUAUAGAACCAGUUGGAGGUACAGGAGAUGGAAGUCAAUACAGUUGUAAGAAAUCAGCAUGUGAAAGCCAUCUAAACGACGAUUGUCCCGAAGAACUUAAGCAAUAUACAGAUAGUGGGGUUGUCGCAUGCAAAUCUGCAUGUCUUACAUUCAAUACCGAUCAAUAUUGUUGUAGAGGAGCUUAUGGUACGCCUGAUACAUGUAAAAGCUCCACUUGGCCACAAGAUUAUCCGAAAUAUUUCAAGGAUAGAUGCCCUGAUGCGUAUAGUUAUGCAUAUGAUGAUCAUAAAAGUACAUUUACUUGUAAAGCUGAAAAAUACACUAUAACUUUUGGACUUUAAAUACUUUGGUUAUGUUUUGUAAUUAUUUGAAAUGUUAUUACAUAUAUGUUUGAAGUAAA